AUGCUCGACCACUUAUUGGUUACGAAUUUGUUUGCCCGCGCGCUCAUGUGCAUCUACCUCCUGUCUCCUCCACCUCCGCAGCCUCUCCCCCACACCCACUCCCACCCAUCCAUACCACCCCGGCCCUCCCUUGUCUCCUCCCCCAUUGGUUCCCGCUCCCUCCUCCGCCACCACUGCGCCAGCGCCCCUAACCCCCCCUCUGCCCUGCUGCCUCGCUGCCACAAGCCCAACUCACGCCCCUUCUCAUUCCGCUCGCAGCAGUCUUCCUCUCGUUACAGUCACACCGACUCUACCUCUGACAGCCAUGGACAUGCCAAUCAUCAACACGACCAUCAUUUUCAUCGCUGUUGCCAGCAUUGCACUCACUGCACGUGCUGUCAGCACCAGCAGCAGCACCGGCAGCACCAGCACCACAAGCAGCAGCAGCAGCAGCAGCAGCAGCAGCAGCAGCAGCAGCAGCAGCAGGGACUAUCCCACCCGCCCUCCUCCUCCUCGUCCUCCUCCUCACUCCCCAGUGUGGCCUAUCGUGCCAUCACCCCUGCGGACAUGGCGGAUCUCAAGGCCCUCCAUGAAGCCACCUUCCCCAUCGCGUACGAGGCGGAGUUCUACUCCAACGUGGUGCAUCACAAAGGCAUCAUCUCGUGGGGGGCUGUGGUUUUAGACUCACCUCCCCGUGCUCUCCUGUGCCCCCCCAUCUCGCUCCCCAACCCUCCUUGCUUUUCAGGUACGAGUCGGAGUUCUACAGCAACGUGGUGCACCACCGGAGAAUCAUCUCGUGGGGCGCUGUGGACCCAAACUCACCUUCCCAUUUGCCCUCCUUUGCUUUGCCCCCCCAUCUCCCCCUCCCCCUCCCUGCCCAUCAGGUACGAGGCGGAGUUCUAUUCCAACGUGGUGCAUCACAGGGGAAUCAUAUCAUGGGGCGCGGUGGAUCCCCGUGAGCCUGACCGGCUGCUGGGGUUCAUCACUGCCCGCCUCGUGCCACCUGCAGAGGCGCAGCCUGACCGGCUGGUGGGGUUCAUCACCGCCCACCUCGUGCCGCCUGCAGAGGCGCAGCCUGACCGGCUGGUGGGGUUCAUCACUGCCCACCUCGUGCCGCCUGCAGAGGCGCAGCCUGACAGGCUUGUUGGGUUCGCCACUGCUCGCCUCGUGCCGCCUGCAGAGGCGCUGGUGGGGGAUGGGGGAAGCAUGAAAGGGGGGGGUGCAGCAUGGGGUGCAUGGCAUCCUGACAGGCUGGUGGGUUUCAUUACUGCUCGCCUGGUCACACCAGCAGAGGUGCAGGUGCUCUUUGAGGGGGUGGGCAUGGGUGGACAUCCCUUUACAUCCCUCUCUCUCUCUCUCUACGUGCCUUCACCUCCCCAACACGCUCUUUCCCCACACGCUUCUCCCCCGCACUCGUCUCUCCCACCCCCACUGUUUCCAUCUCAGGGAGCGGACGGGCUGCCUCUCAUUCCUCCCUCGCCCCGCCACACCCCGUCACCCUCACUCCUCUACAUCCUCACACUCGGCGUCUCCAAGCCUUACCGCAAGGCUGGCGUGGCGCCUCUCUUCGCCCAUACUGCCGUGCCGCCUACCAUCAUGUCUCCCCACACCCCCCUCCCUCUUCCAACUCUUCAGAUCUCCUUCCAGCUAAACAGGCUUCGCUUCUCUGCCUUCCCACUCUGCUGUUUCAUUUUAUUUUCCGCGUAUCAUCCCACCAUUCGCGUGCGGGAGGGAGGAGGUGUGAAUCUGCUGCUCUCCCACGCCCCCUCCCUCCCGCACUGCGCCGCCGUCUACCUGCACGUGGUCGUGUACAACGCAGCAGCCAUCCGCUUCUAUCGCUCGCAGUAUCCCUCUCGCUGCAUCUCCUAUCUCCUUUUCUCCCAUGCCUCCCUCCUCUCUCCCUGCUACUUGGAAAGCUUUUCAUCUCGCUUGGUCCAUCUCCUUCUCUCCCAUGCUGCCUCCCUCCCGCAUUGUGCGGCUGUCUACCUGCACGUGGUCGCAUACAACGCAGCAGCCAUCCGCUUCUAUCGCUCGCUGCGCUUCUGCUACCGCCGCCGCCUCCCGCGCUUCUACUACCUCGAGGGGGGCGAGUACGAUGCGCUGCUCUUCGCGCGUUACGUCAACGGCUGGUUACCGCCCGACUCUAGUAUCCACGGCUCUUACCCCUCGCUGCCCACCUGCUUCUAUCGCUCGCUGCGCUUCUGCUACCGCCGCCGCCUCUCCCGCUUCUACUACCUCGAAGGGGGUGAGUAUGAUGCGCUGCUCUUUGCGUGUUACGUCAACGGCUGGUUACCGCCCGACUCUAGGUAUGGAUAG